AUGUUCCUCCUCGUCGGCCGCUCUUUCCCACGUCAGACCGCUUUCCUCGUCGCCCGCGCUUUCCCUCAUCACCCUCCCCGACCCUCUGGUCGCAUAUGUUCCCCUAGUCGCCCGCGCUUUCCCACGUCAACCACACAUCCCCUCGUCGCAAUUGCUGAUAGUAAACAUACCGCGCUUCAGAUCGUCACCCGCGCUCCCCUCAUCACCCUCGUCGACCCGCACCGAUCCUCGCCGCCCUCACCUCCCUUAGUCACCCACAUUCCCUCUCGUCGCUCGCGCUUCCCCUCAUCACCCUUGCCGACCCUCGCCGCCCUCGCCUCCCCUCGUCGCCCGCGCGUCCCGUCGUCGGGCUUGCCUCCCAGUCACUCGCGCUUCCCCUCGUCAUCCGCGUUUCCAUCCGCUCUUCCCCUCUCCCCAUCUCACCAUCUCCAGCCCGCCCUUCCUCCCUCAUUCCUUCCAAAGGGGUGGGACAGAUGGGGAGGAACAGAUGGGGAGGAACAGAUGGGGAUGAACAGAUGGGGAGGAACAGAUGGGGAGGAACAGAGGUGGUCGCUUCCGCCACCACAAUCGAACAGCGUUUUGAUCCCCUCUCUGCUCCCCACCAUCCUCCCCCCAACUCUCUCCCCGGCAUCUGCCCCCGUUCCCCCCAUCCUCUUCCCUGUUUCCCCUUCCCAUGCAUGUGCACCCAUCACUGUCUCCCCAUACCAGUACAUGCUUUCAUCAUGUGCUCUUGCUUGUGUUCCCCUGCAGUUGUUCCCUUGGCACCUCACACCACCCCCCCCAUGUUCCGUCACACAAUUCUUUCUGCCUACUCCACUCCCCAAAUUUUCAGUGGUGAAGCAGAGGAGCAAGCUGAGGCGCAGCUAG